UGGUAUACCAAAUAUCCAAAGGGAUAAUAAGAGCAUGUAAAACAAGCUAGCUAGUUUCAGCGGUACGUGUGAAUGCUGUAUGCGCAACCUCAUCCCCAACCUCUCUAUAAAAAGGACCCUUCAGCUUCUCACAAAAUGCACCACCCCAAACCACCAAUUGCCCUAGUGAGGCAACAAUCCCUACCCCUUUUCCACUCCCACAUGGCUUCCAAACUUCUUCUGCUGUUUCUCUCGAGCCUGCUGGCUCACAGCAUUGGCUUAGGGAUGACACAGUCCGUCGGUCCUGUCGUUCCUUACGACCCUUGCUUAGAUCUAAACGACUACCAGUACCGGCCAUCGGAGGAGCUGCCCUAUGGUCGUUGGAGUUUCCCCGACGGCUUCGUGUUUGCCUCAGCCACAGCUGCUUACCAGGUAGAAUUAUGUAUUAUCUCAGUUACUUACAAGUUACUUACAGUAUCUAUUGCUCUCGUUCCCAUUCUUAACCUACAUCCACGUUAUGUAACACCAAUGCUCAUUAAGCACAGUAUCACGCCGACAGUGCUUAAAUCACUACUAUGAUACCAUUUCAAGAACCAGUUGAUCCCAAAAACUCAAAUUGGACUUCUGUAUAUACCUAUAAUAACCCCAGAUCGAUCGAACUGCACCAUUGGACUGUAUCUAUUACCGUGAUCAAGCUGAGAAGCUUAUGACCAUAACAUAAUUCAUGAAAGAGGAGGCCUUUUCACAAAUAUUUAUCUCGUGGUUUUUGUUUUAUUUAUCUCAUUUCUGGUUUCGUACGUAUAUAGCUAAUUAUAUUGUUUCCGUUAUUAACCCUUUCUUUUGUCAUUGUUGUUGUUCGUUUUGAUUCUGUGGGGUGAAGAUCGAGGGUGCUGCUAAUCAGUCUUGCAGAGGCCCGAGUGUUUGGGACAGAUUCGCCCAUGAGUUUCCAGAGAGGAUAGCCGAUGGGAGCAAUGGAGAUGUGGCGCUGGACCAUUAUAACCGGUUGGAGGAGGAUAUCAUCAGGAUGAAGUAUAUGAAUUUGGAUGCCUACCGAUUCUCCAUCUCCUGGACUAGAAUCAUACCAUAUGGCAAGAUCCAGACCGGAGUCAAUGAGCAAGGAAUCAAGUUUUACCACGACCUCCUCGAUCUGCUCGAGAAACAUGGACUGGAGCCUUAUGUGACCAUAUGGCAUUGGGAUACCCCUCAAGCCCUGGAAGCUGAGUAUGGUGGAUUCUUAAGCCGUAACAUUGUGAAGGAUUUCGAGGAUUACUGUGACUUCUUGUUCCAGGAGUACGGCCACAGAAUAAAAAAGUGGAUCACCUUGAACGAGCCAGUGACCUAUGUGAUGAGAGGUUACGACGAAGGGCUGCACGCACCGGGCCGCUGCUCCGUAUGGGCAAACCGAGCCUGUGUAGCCGGAGACUCCGCAACCGAACCUUACAUCGUCACCCACAACCUCCUUCUGGCUCACGCCGCUGGUUACCGUUUGUAUGAGAACAAGUACAAGAAGCAACAAGGGGUGGUAGGGAUCACCAUAGUCACGUUCUAUUUCCUUCCUUACUCUGGUCAAACAGCUGACGUCGAUGCUGCCCAGAGAGCUCUCGACUUCAUAAUUUCGCAGAUGGGUUCCGACUGGCAGUUUCUGUAUCCUGACGGACUUCGAUUGCUUUUGGAGUACACCAAAGAAACAUAUGGAGAUCAUGUCAUUUACAUAACCGAGAACGGAAUGGGGACACAGGACGACCCUAAACAGACACUCGCAGCGGCCAGAACCGACACCAUGCGAAUCACGUUCUACAACGCCCAUCUCGCGAGCAUUCGCCAGGCAAUGAGGGAGAAGGAGGUGAAGGUGAAAGGGUUCUUCGCCUGGUCGUACGCAGACAACUACGAAUGGAACGACGGGUACUCGGUCCGAUUCGGGCUCUACUACAUCAACUACACGGAUAUCUCCAGGCACCCUAAGCACUCCGCUUGCUGGUACACCAGUUUCUGCCGCCGAUCCCAGCCCAAGGGCCCUACCGAUAACAACCUCCACAUGAUUACCGCCGCCGGCGGACGCAAGGCACUCCGCCUUCCCACAGCUACUGUGUAACAUCCCGUCUCGACGACGAGGGAACGUACAAUGAUGAAGAAUAAGAAGGAUCCGAUCGACCGACGGUCACUACACUGAGCAUGAUCGUGAUGAAUACAUGCAGCGAAUAAGACAUGCAUCAUGAUGAUGAGCAGGUGGCCUUGUGAUCUGAUUGUUCAUUUUCAUUUUUCCUUUCUUUGUUGUUCAGUAGAAGACGACGGAUGAUAUGUUGUACUGUGUACUGUUGUUGUUGUUCAAAAAUGAAUAAAACUAUUACUAAAUAAAUAA